AGUUCAUCGCCUUCAUCUUCGAGAAGGCUCGCAUUCUCAUUUCAAUUGCGGAAGUGGAAGUGAAAAGCGUAGCAGAGGUCAGGUACUUAGGUUCAGUUCCAUGGAAGCUGAUAAGGUCUCCCAUGCUGGAGAGUGCUCCACCUCCACGUCAAUGUCACAGACACAGCAAGAAGAACACGAACAAUGUCCGAACAUGGAGGAAUGCUUGAAGCUUCUGAAAGGAGAUCGAGACGAGCAGCGCCUAGCUGGACUCCUUCUGGUAACCAAGUUCUGCAAAGCAGAGGAUCACUCCUCCCUCCGUAAGGUCUACCACGCCGUCGGCACCUCCUUCCUCCAUCGCCUUCUCAGAACCGGCAUGCCUAAACCCGAAUCUGUUAAUAACGAUAAUCGAGUUGCAUAUUUGCACCUUGCCGUUACUGUUCUUGCUGCUUUGUGUCGCGUUCCUGAUAUUGCUUCUUCUCAAGACAUGCUUUCAAAAAUCCCUCUCAUUUUGGAAGUCAUCUCCACCCCAUCUGGUUCGUCGGUUCUUGAAGAAUGCUAUGAGUUUUUAUACUUGGUAUCGGCUGCAUCUAGUGAUGGAAUUAUGAAGCUUUAUGAAUCUGGAGGCAUCAAGAUACUAGCUUCUCAAAUGUCUUCUCUGCAGGAUGGUUCACAUCUAAUGGAAAUAUCUAUAAAACUCUUGCAAUUGAUUUUGAGUAGGAUAUCCUUGGAUAUAAUCUACAAUGAUUACUUACCUGAGCUCUUGGUUAUUUUAACAGCAAUAGCAAGGCAGUUUGCAGUCUUACACACAUCCUUAAAAUUUGAUGCUCUCCACCUGCUUAAUGGCAUUCUUUCUCCAAAAGACACGGCACAAUUUCUUGCUGCACUUCGAACACUUUCCAAAGAUAAUAUUUCAGACAAUAUUCGCAUUGGUAUUGUUGCUGUUUUGCAGAAUCGUGUUGCUCCUGCUGAAAGGCUUCAGGCUCUCUUCUUAGCUGAGUCUAUGGUUUCCAUAUAUGGAGAAGAUUGGUUGAUUAACCAAGUAAGCGCAAGUGCUGUACAAUCUCCAGCUGAAAUGUGUUUAUUGCUUGUCUUGGAGCAGUCAAGGGUUGAAAUUGCUGUUCUGCUGAAUGAGUUGGCCUAUCUAAAGUAUGAAGCACCGCAGGAUACAUCAGCUACUGCUGAGGCAAUUGUGCUAAAGCGGCGAAAUGUCGCUGUUGCCUACUCUUUGGUUGAGAAGAUAAUAAAAUUAAUUUCAAACAUUGGUGGAAAUGAUGGAAACCUGCUUGAUGAAGGCACCUUGACAAAGCUGAUUCACCAACUUAAUGAGACAAUUAUGGUUGUACUAGAGUAUUUAGAAGAUGCAAAUGAACAUGGGCAAAAGAAAGGGGACGAUUUACUUGCAUCUGUUAGAAUUAUUGGGAGCUAUCUUGCUGAAGUGCCUCUUGCAUGCAAGGAGAAGGUUCAAAAUCUUUUAGGCUAUAUGCUUUCUGUUGAAGGAGAAGAUGAACAAAGCCCCUUUUAUGCUGUGUGCUUUCUGCUACCCCUGUUGUGUCAAAUUACUAUGGAGAUUGAAGGAUGCAAAGCUAUGGCUUCAUGCGGAGGACUCAAAAGUGUUAUAGAUUGCUUCAGUAAAUUAGUUGGGCCAGAUGGUUAUAUGGUUGAGGACAAUGGUUGCAUCUUUUUGGCAUGUGAUACAAUAAUGAACCUUCUACUAAAGAAUGACAAAAUUCAGUUGACAGUAGAUGAAUCGUCCUUUGUUAGUCUUCUGAGGGCAUUGGCUUAUUGGUCAGGAAAUACUGAUGACAUGUCAAGUAUGAUGAUGGCGGCAACCAUUUGUGCACUGGUAUUUGAUUAUACAUCAGAAGAGGCCCUUUUAAGCUGUUCUGAUUUCAAUAAUACCAUUCUUGGCAGUCUUUAUGAACUCAUCACAAGAUGUCUGGCUUCAUCAAAACAGGAUACAAAUGUGGAUAUGGAUCUCUCUGAGAUUAUUUCUGCUGGUUUCUCUCGAUGGGCUCAUAGGUACCCCCACAUCAGAGAGGCUAUGAAGACAUGAUUUUGACCACGUGAUUAGUUGUACGGACUACGCAUAUGCUUUCGAUGGAGGAUUACAAUCCGGUGAUUGCGGUUUGUAAUUAGCUUUGAUUUCAAGUCCUUUUAUAAAAUAUGAUAUUUUUGCGCAUUAUUCAAUCAUGUGAUGUUAUUAAAAGUCUAGUAGCUCAAAUUAUUAGGUGAUUAUCGUCAGUUAAAAAAAAAAAGUAUAUUGAUCAUGUGGCUUUGAUUCAAUCGUAAUUAAAAAUCACUGUAAAUGUUACCCUAUAAAAACAAGCCUUUAAUUUGAUCCUAUAAAAACAAGUCUUUAAUUUGAUAAGCGUGAUUGGA